GAGAGAUGAGCCGAAGCAAUGCUCGCGUUACGCCGGGCUCCGUCAGGGCUGCGAACGGCAGCGCCCACCUGGGCAACCACGUGCUCGUGUGGGAGCAGCACGCAUUGGAGGACGUCGCGCAGCCCCGAGCAUGCGUCGGCGCGCGACACAUGGUUACGUUCAUGCUCUUCUUGGGCAUGGCGAACGCAUACGUGAUGCGGACCAACAUGUCGGUGGCAAUCGUCGCCAUGGUGAAUCACACUGCCCUGCCUAAGGAGAAUACGACUGAGGACGACGAGUGCCUUCCGUCAGGAACAUCGGCCAAGCUGGGCACACUGUGGGACGCACAGAUAGCACCCGCCGCUGAUGAUGACUACCAACUGGAACCAUCAUCAAGAUCUGCUUCUGAGGGCUCUUUUGUUUGGGACACAACACUGCAAGGAUACAUCCUCAGCAGUUUCUUCUAUGGUUAUGUUAUUACACAGAUUCCAUUUGGACUACUGUCCAAGAAAUAUGGUGCCAAGUUGUUCUUGGGUGUUGGAAUGUUGAUCAACUCUGUUUUUGGACUAUUGGUGCCAGUGGCAGCAAGACAUGGUUAUGAAUGGCUCAUUGCAGUGAGAUUUAUUCAAGGUUUGGGAGAGGGCCCCAUUGUACCAUGCACACAUGCCCUGCUUGCGAAAUGGAUUCCGCCUAACGAGAGGAGUCGUAUGGGUGCUUUUGUAUAUGCAGGCGCACAGUUUGGUACAGUAGUAUCUAUGCCUCUCAGUGGUUUGCUCUCUGAAUAUGGAUUCGAUGGUGGUUGGCCAUCGAUUUUCUACGUUUUUGGUGCUGUGGGUACAAUAUGGUCUGUUGCUUUUCUAAUCAUGGUUUAUGAAGACCCUGAUGUCCACCCUCGCAUAGCUGAAGAUGAGAAGAAAUACAUCACACACACUGUAUGGGGCUCUGCAGGUGUCUCUUCUCCUCCAGUUCCCUGGAAAAGCAUAAUAAAGUCUCUACCAUUCUGGGCAAUUCUUAUUGCACACAUGGGGCAAAAUUAUGGAUAUGAAACACUGAUGACAGAACUUCCAACAUUCAUGAAACAAGUGCUGCACUUUGACAUAAAAGAGAAUGGAACUCUUUCUGCACUCCCAUACCUUGCAAUGUGGAUAUUUUCAAUUGUUGCUAGUCAUGCAGCGGACUGGAUGAUUUCCAGCCGGCGAUUUACUCAUGGAGUAACAAGAAAGAUAGUAAAUAGCAUUGGUCAGUACGGACCUGCAGUCGCUUUAAUAGCAGCAUCAUACACAGGCUGUGAUCCAACACUUACAGUAGCACUGUUAACUAUUGGUGUUGGUCUUAAUGGAGGUAUUUAUUCCGGAUUCAAGGUGAAUCACCUUGACAUUUCACCACGUUUUGCUGGUAUUCUUAUGAGUUUCACCAACUGUUUGGCAAACUUGGCUGGCCUUUUAGCUCCAAUAGCAGCAGGCUACAUAAUCCAUGGAAGGCCGACACAAGCAGCUUGGAGAGUUGUCUUCAUGAUUGCAUCUGGUGUGUAUAUAGUAUGUGCGACAGUGUACCUGAUAUUUGGAUCUGGUGUGAGGCAACACUGGGAUGACCCCAGCAAUGACAGCCCUCCUAAAAACAAGAAUACUGAUGUGGAAAAAGACUGCGUACCGAUGGAGAGCACGCACCAUUGAUUGUUGCAGCUUUGCAAUGUGUUGGUGUGUGUCUUUUUUGUAUGUUCAAUGAGAGAGAGAGAGAGAGAGAGAGAGAGAGAGAGAGAGAGAGAGAAUAUGACUGAGCAGCUACAUCAGCUUCUUCACUCCCAAAUUUGUAUAUUUUGAAAUAUUAAAUUAUGAGUGUUUUUUUUAUGUCUGUCACUAGUUGCAAAAGAAUGUAUAAAAGAUGGCAAAAAGAGUUCUAUGUCUUUUAGUAUUUAUUUAAACCCUGAGAUUAAAUUAUCUUACACAGAA